UCUUCACUACUCAACAGUCAUCCGCCAGGCUACUUGUUCUGAAGUUCAGGGUUCCACUGCGUUAUGUGACAUUGGGAAACACAAUCUAUCCCCAUUACAAGGCGUUAUCGAACAUCAAACCACACACCAUGGGUCAUCGAGUCCCAGCAGAUACUGUCCUAAUUAUGGGAGCUGGCGUUGCUGGUCUGGUUCUAGCCCAAGGCCUUCGCCUUCGUUCCAUUCCAUUCCGGCUCUUUGAGCGACAUCCUCCGUCGCACCAAGCUCAAGGCCACCGAUUUCGUAUCUCAAGCGAGGCGCAGAUGGCUCUCGAGCGUGUUUUGCCUUCUCAGAUCCAGCGCAUUUUCGCAGAAACUGCGCCAAAGAGAAAUAAGUUCCAGCCGCAAUAUGUUUCUCAUGAUAUUCAUGACGACGGGGUCUUGGUGAGCUUUGCUGAUGGUUCCCAUGCGCGUGGACAGCUGCUAGUCGGUGCCGACGGAGUCAAAAGUCGGGUUCGAAAACAGCUACAGCCCACUCGGCAGCUACUGGAUCUAGAGCGCUGGAUCAUGUGGGGUCGUACACCCGUAACGGAAUCACUGAAAGAGAAUAUCCAAGAUGAUCUUCUCAGCUGGUCUAUGUGCAUUGAUCACGAAGCCAAUGUACAGACAGUAGUAGAGCCCAUAUUGUGGCCGGAAAAGAUAUCACAAGAAUCGGAUACUCGCGUGCCUGACUUCUCCGAUUAUGUGUAUUGGGUCAUGUGUACUGCACCACUCCAGUACGCUGACAGCAUGCCAAAGACAAUGGAAGAGAAGAAGCAGUUCUUGGAAAGAGCUGUACAGCACUGGCAUCCCUCUCUGCAACAUCUGCUCCGUGCGGCCUCACACGAAUCAUCUGCAUGCUCGCUGGUAUUGUCAAGUAAGCCAGAUAUAUGCCUGAGUAAUGGGAGAUCUGUCACACUUGUUGGAGAUGCUGCGCACGCAAUGAGCCCGAUGGGUGGCUCCGGCGCGGAUACUGCCAUCCGAAACGCUGCCGAUUUGGCGCAGACUAUUGCGCAAGAUGGCAUCACGACUUCAAGUAUAGCAGAUUUUGAAGUGAGAAUGGCACAGAGGGCGAAAGAGAAGAUCGAGCAUUCGUUUCGUGGUGGGCAGAAGUUUUGGCGUGGGAGAGAAUGGUAUACAUAUAACGGAAUCAACCUCUGA